AUGGCACUAUGUUCUAGAAUUCUGGAACUUACUCACGAAGGCCACCCUGGUGAAACAGUAAUGAAACGGAGAGUUCGAUCCAAAGUGUGGCGGCCAUUGGUAGACAGAGAUGUCGAGCAGUUUGUAAAAAAGUGCCGAGAUUGUCUCAUUGUUUCGAAGUCUAGCCAACCAGUCCCCAUGGACAGACAUGUUUUUCCCGACAGGCCUUGGUCUAACUUAGCAAUGGAUUUGCUGGGGCCUUUGCCCAAUCACGAUUAUAUUCUAGUUGUAAUUGACUACUACUCCAGAUACCAAGAGUUUAAAUUCUUAAAAAAGAUAACUUCCAAAGAUGUGAUUAACUUUUUGAAAGAGAUAUUUUGUAGACUAGGUUAUCUAAAGUUUAUCACGGCGGACAACGGACGCCAAUUUGUCAGCGAAGAGUUUAAAACCUACUGGAAAGAUAACAACAUUGAGCUAAUAACUUCACCACCUUAUUGGCCACAAGCGAACGGGGAAGUGGAGAACAUGAACCGUCAGAUCGUAAAUCGCUUGACGAUAGCCCACUCUAACGGAAGUGAUUAUAAAGAAAAGAUGCAAAAGUUCAAUCUUAUGUACAACGUAACUCCCCAUGGCACAACAGGAAAAGCACCAUCGGAGUUACUUUACAAUCGAACAAUCCGCGACAAAAUUCCUUCAAUGCUGGAUAUAGAGGAACUAAUGCUUGACUCGGAAGCUAGCGUUCUCUAA